AUGGCUGUAACAUACCGGCAGGGUCUCUCCAUCCUGGAGCUGAUCGUCUACAUACCCACCUUGGUCAUGUCUCUGGUCGUGGCCUGGCGUCAUGGCUUCAACCGCCGUGCUGGAUGGUACUUUUACAUCUUGUUCUCGCUGGCCAGACUGGUGGGCAAUGGCUGUUAUCUGGGCACAAUCAAUGACCCGGACAACGAGAAUCUUUACAUUGCCUACGGUGUAUGCAACUCCGUUGGAUUGGCACCUCUGACUCUAGGCGUCUUGGCUGCCCUAUCGAGAGUAAACGAUUCAAUCCAACGCAACGCUGGUUCCGGAUACUGGUCAGCAAUAUUUCGCAUCGCCGGACUGCCCUCUUUUAUCGGCAUGAUUCUAUCCAUCGUCGGCAUGACCACAUCAUCAUCCCUGGAAGCCGGCCUCACCAGCAAACUGACCAAAGCCGGCAUGAUCCUAUACCUAGUCGGAUGGGCCAUUGUAGUGGCUGUAACCUUCUUAAUCUGGGCCCAGUACAGAAGCAUUGAGAAGGGAGAACACCGUCUGGUGUUGGCCGCGACGUUCAGCAUGCCAUUCCUUACCGUUCGCCUAGUCUACUCGGCUCUCGCCAUAUUCAAACAUACCGCGACGUUCAACAUGUUCACCGGCAACACCACCGUUUUCCUAGUCAUGGACAUUCUGGAAGAGAUCGUUAUCGUCUACGUCAUGGUGUUGACUGGGUUGACUCUGGAUAUCAGAGCACAGCCUAUACCCGACCAGCCCAAGGAGAGUUUCGGAGCUGCUGACAUCGAACUUGAGAGCGCUCAGGGCCAACGACUGCAAAAUGGCAAUUAUGCGCCGCCUUCUACUCAGUACGAGAAAUAUCCGUACAAGGGCGGUCCCAUCCAGAGAUUGAUUACGUGGAUCAUUCACGAGAUCAAUGAGCGUCGUGCGCGAUAA